ACGGGAAAUGGCGGGAGCAUUUGAAAUCCAGGAAGCCCCAGCCCCGGGAGCGGGAGCGGAGAGCACUCGCCAGGUCUCUGCAGAAAUGAAACUCUGCCUAAUGCCUAGUUAAGGGGUUCCAGGAACAUGGACCUCUGGUUCUCAUGGCGCCGAGGGCUCAGCGGGAAACAGACAAUAAACUGAUUAUUUCGCAAGAGCUGAUCAGAGUGGUCAUUGCAAAGGAAAUCCGGCGAGGGCCGUCGGGGGCCGGGGUGCAGGCGACCACCUUGAAGGGGCCACACCAGAACGGGAUGGAGGGAGAGGAACCAGAACUCCAGCCCCAGCGGGCGCGGGAGAGGCAGACCAGGCUUGCUGUGUUCAACCAACAGAAAGGUGAGGGGCUCCUUCAGCCGAGGGAGGCGCAGCUUUGCGUUGGCUUCAGCCAGGAUGUCCAAGAAACUGCUCAUUGUGACCCCUGACAGCAAGACGGAUGACAGAAGCAGACGCCAAGAAGGCAGAUACACUCUGUCUCCCAGGACACCAUCCCCAAGGAUGCCUGAGCCCGAGAAGGCGCCAGCAGGUUCGGCCAGGUGGACGCGGAGGCACGGCCUGGGGCCCAGGAGCACCAGUUCCUCCCCAGCCGCGGAGAAAGAGGCGCACAAAGAAAGAAAGGGUAACCUUCCAGCUGGGAGCCUGGAGUCCAGUUGAUGCCAGGGACAGAAGCCCAUCGCGAACUAAGUUAAACCACAGAGAUCUUGAGAAUGCUCCCAGCCGUUCAGCCAAUCCUUUCCACAUCCCAGAAGAUGUGGAUUUCUUCUUGCUAAGAGAGCAGGAGCGGAAAAGAGCUUUCUUCGAGCGGCAACAGAAGAAGGUGAUGCAAGUGCACCAGAAGAUGACCUACUCGUCCAUGAUGUCGGCCAAGCACAGCCACAUGCGGCGGGAGCUGCAGCUGGAGGACAAGGCCGAGGAGCAGGAGCUGCACGAGAAGGUGGAGGAGUUGCGUGCCCUGCCCAGCUUGGCCUGGAAGCUCGCCAUGACCAAAGAACAGAAGCUGCGGUCCGACAGCAUCAGAAACUACAUCAUGGAGCAGCGACAGAUGUCCCUCAUCCAGUACGCCCUGAACAUGAAGCAGAGGGAGAUCCAGCGCCUUGACAUGGUGGCCACCAAGGAGGAGGCCAGGCUGGCACAGGCCGAGAAGUCCCUGGAGAAGGACAAGUCCCUCUUUGACGAGUUCCUCAGGGAGAAUGACCAGAGCUGCGUGCACGCCAUUAAUGAGGCUGAGAAGGAGACCAAAACCAAGAUGGAGAAGAUCCUUGAAAUACACGAACUCACCACCCAGAUCACAAAUAUCAAAAGCGAAAUCUCCAAAGUGGAAGACACCCUGCAGCAGUACAAGGCCUACAAGGAUUUCCUCUACAAGCUGUCACCCAAGGAGUGGCUGGAGGAGCAGGAGAAGAAGCACUUGGCCAUCAGAAAGGCCAAGGAGGCUGCCGAGCUCGCCAAAGAGAGUGGACCAGGCACCAAAGGCAAGGUCUUGUCCCUGUGGACACAAGACGCUCAGGGCACAAAGAAGCCCUCGAAGUUUCUGCAGGUGGCAAGGCUGGGGCAGAUCCUGGCCAAAAGCGUCAGCCCAGCAAGUGCACCUGGCGAGCUGGACUCCAGCAGGUCAACCUUUGGCGUCCCCACCCACGAGGACGUCGACAGCGACAGGGAGGAGCUGCCGCUGUACUUCACGGAGCCGCAGCAGCUCCUGGACGAGUUCGUCCAGCUGGAGGAGCAGAACCUGUCGCUGAUCCAGAACCGCCAGGAGAUGGAGGAGGCCCUGGAGGAGCUGAGCCUCAGCCUGAAGAACACGCAGUUGCGCAUGGACAGGGAGGUCAACCAGCUCAAGCAGCUCAUCAACACGCUGACCAGGUCCAUCAUCAAGGAGGAAGAGACGGCUGCCGAGCUGGAGCUCAAAGCGCGGGUCUUCCACUUCGGGGAGUACAUGGGUGACGAGCAGGACAAGCUGUUGGAGAGCUUGAACCACAAGGUGCUGGAUGUGUACCACCACUGCGUCGGCAGCCAGCAGGAGGCCAACCUGAGCACCGUGCAGAUGCUGGCCAUCGUGGAGCACCAGCUCAACGAGCUGCUCGAGAACCUGGAGCGCGUGCCCCAGUCCAAGGUCGAGCAGGUGGAGAAGGCCAAGGAGAAGGAGCGGCGUCUGAGGCUGCGGGAGGAGACAGUGAGGUUGCAGAAGCAGCUGCAGGAGGAGCGUCUGCAGCGGGCCCAGGCCCGGGCCCAGGCCGAGAUCAAGAAGAAGAGAGGCAGAAAGCUGCUGUGCCGAUCCCAGCCGCCGACGGUCAAGACCAAGGGCACCCCGAAGCAGAAGCAGGCGGAAAACGACGAGGACGACGAGAUGCUGUUCUUCUUCACUUAAUCGGCCUCUGGCUGAGGGCUCGGCAAAGUCAGCAGCAGUGGACUCGGAGGCUGGGCUGGGUCUUGGGUGGUCUGAUGGCACCCUCCCGGCUUCCCGCGGUAUCCCCUGGCCCCCAGGAAUACAUUCACGUGCGCACCUUCGCUCUCGGCAAACACUCGCACACCUGUGUGUCCGCCACCACGCCACCCCAUCCCCCCACCCUCGGCCCAGAAAGACACCGCGUGCACCUUUUUG